AUGCGCAUCUCAAUUGUAGCUACGGGACUGCUGCUCCCUCUGCUUGCCAUCGCAGAAGGCGAUGUCACUCUCACUUCAACCGCGACCAUGACUAGAACCAUCACUGUUUCUGAAAUCGUCGCAUCCGUUACCUCAACCUACACCUCGCACAAUGCGACAACCUUUACAUCAUCUUCCUCCUCCUCCUCGACUUCCACAUACGUCCCACCAACUUCAGUCGGCACCACCUCGAAGACCAUCGGUACCGCAUCAAGCACUGGAUCGUUGAUCGUCCCAACCGCAACCUCCUCGCUCACCCCAAUCGUCCCCAACGGCGCAACAAACCUGAACAGCAUGUACGCAGGCAGCGCAGGUAUCUUGGUCAUGGUGGCAGCAGCGCUGUUGUAG